UUCUGGAAGUAACACGGGAUGGUGGAAGAAUUGGAGCAUUCGAACUGAGGCCAAACGGAGGCAAGAGCCGAAACCCCAAUUCCAGCAUUCAGCUAGAGCUUGAUUAAUGGCGUUCGAAAUUCCAACUUCUCUAAUCCGCGAAGUGCAAAUCGCACUGCGUAACCAGGCUGGUCUCUCCUCUUACGAUCCAGACGAUCCGUCGCUUCCUGGAAUACCUUCGCUCGAAGACUUAAUUGCUGAGUUCGAUCCCUCACCUCCAUAUCUCCAAUGCAAGCAAUGCCGAGGAAGACUCCUCAGGGGUCUUGAAUCAAUGGUUUGCGUCUUCUGUGGCGCCCAACAGAGAAGGGACCUCCCUCCUGAGCCCAUCUCCUUCAAAAAUACCUUUGCGUGCAGAUGGCUACUCGAAUCUCUGGACUUGGAUGGAUCUGAGGCUGUCAAUUUAGCAUCUGGAGAAAAUGAUUCAAAUAAAGGCCAGAAUGCACAAUCAGACGAGUUGGUUUUAUCUGACCUGUUAGAUAUUGAACUAAAUUGGCCUUCUGAGCCUCAGAGAACUGAGAGUGGCCUUACAGGCAAGUCACCAAGUGAGAAUAAAGUCUUUUUGAACUUGGCAGGAGUGGACCUGGAUAAUUUUUUCUCUGGAGCAAAGGAAGGGACUGAUCUUAGUAGAUUAAGGGAACCAGUAGUAGCCAACAAACAGAUAGAAAGUACAGAAGGUCAGGCAUUCACUGGUCAGGGAGAUCUUAAUUUGUUCAAGAAUGUCGGAAAUUCCAGUAUAUCAGUGAAUUCAGUUAUUACUGAAGGUGAUACAGGAGAUCAAUUUUCAGAUUGGGAAGCCGAGUUUCAAUCUGCUAGUUCUGGUACUCUUCCAGUGGACACCAAAUCAUUUGACCCUUUUCCAGUAUCAUCUGCAAUUGAUUUUUCUAGCUCUAUGGAGGUUUCCUUUGGCAUGGCGACAGAUUUGAAGAGUAAAGUUAACAGAACAGACAAUGAUGUAAAACCAAAUGAAGGUCCAGUUCCUCUACCUUCCAUAGAUAAUAACUGGAUUCAAGAUGAUCUAUGGAGUACUCCCAAUGUUAGAGUAUCUAGCAACAAUGAGCAGUUUGAAGUAAACAAUAAACCUUGUGAUGCUGAACAAAAGGUUGUGUCAAAUGGUCUUUCAUUUAUGAGUGAUAAUUGGAUACAAGAUGAUCUAUGGAAAGGCAGCCACAUUGAAGCACCUAAGAAUGAGAAAAUGAAUGAAGAUGAUGAUUGGCAAGAUUUUACAGGCUCAGGAAAUAUGACUUAUUCUUUUCCGAAUUCUUCGAAACAGACUGCUAGUAUAACAGUGCAAUCUGAUGAGCAGGCUUCGCAAACGAACUUAAUGGGCUUAAGUAAUAGCUUUCAUGAAAUGGAUUUAAGGGGUUUUCCACCAAAUUUAUUUUCAGGAGUGUCAAGCACUGGAAAUAGUUCUAUGCAUGUGAAUAAUGUGCAGUUAGAAGCUUCCAUUUCAGACAGGUUUGCAGAUGUGGGUGGCCAAACUGAAUGGAAUCCCAACAAAGCAGCUAAUGGAGAUGAAAGUCAUGAGACAAACAUACAGUCAGAGACAGCUGACCCUGAUGUAGAGAUGUUAAUUUCACAGAUGCAUGAUCUCUCCUUUAUGCUUGAAAGCAAUCUUUCAAUUCCCAAAAAUGUGCAUGGUUUUGAUUCAGUUUUGUGAAACUAGACCUGGUUUGUUGAGUGAUAUUGGUGCAAUUUCUGUUGUCCAUCUGCAAAGUAACCAUUAUCUAUUCUGUAUACGCCAAUGUUUAAAUAGCAGUACAGGUUAUAGCAUUCUGUUAUAGUCACUGCUACUAAUGUUUUGGUCA